CUGUUUCAGUCUGGGAAGCUUUUAAACGAAACGUGAUUAAAAUCUUAGGUCAUACACAGAAGAGAGACCCCAGUCAACAAUAAGGUGGAAAAGAAGAAUGUUGUCCUUAAACAACCUACAGAAUGUCACCUAUAACCCGAUCAUCCCCUUCGUUGAGACCAUUCCUGGGCAGUUGGUGCCUGGAACUUUGAUUGUAAUACGUGGGCAUGUUCCUGACUAUUCGGACAGAUUCCAGGUGGACUUGCAGUGUGGCAGCAGCGUGAAACCUCGAGCUGACGUCAUCUUUCACUUCAACCCACGUUUCAAAAGGACCCACUGCAUUGUUUGCAAUACUCUGAAAAAUGAGAGAUGGGGACGGGAAGAGAUCACAUACGACAUGCCUUUCAAAAAAGAAAAGUCUUUUGAAAUUGUGAUCAUGGUGCUGAAAGAGAAAUUCCAGGUGGCUGUAAAUGGAAAACAUACACUGCUCUAUGCCCACAGGAUGAGCCCAGAGAAAAUAGACACUCUGGGCAUUUACGGCAAAGUGAAUAUUCACUCAGUCGGCUUCAGCUUCAGCUCGGUGAGUGCCCUGCCGGAGCUUGGGGUCGUCUUAAACGAUUUAAAAAGUACCCAAGCAUCUACUCUGGAACUGACAGAGACAAGUACAGAAAAUGUACAAAAUGCUGGCAUGUCACAGCUUCCCAGUAACAGAGGAGACACUGAUAAAAUCGUACCCAGAAGUGUCUACACCAAGAGCAGAGGUUCUGCUGUCAAUCACACUUUGACUUGCGCCAAAAUACUACCUAUCAACUGUUUGUCAAAGUGUCUGCCAUUUGUUGCGCGGUUGAACUCCCCAAUGGGUGUUGGACGGACUGUCGUCGUCAAAGGAGAAGUGAACAGAAGUGCCAAAGGCUUUAACGUUGAUCUGCUAUCAGGAAAGUCAAAGGAUAUUGCUCUCCACUUGAACCCACGCCUGGAUGCUAAAGCCUUUGUAAGAAAUUCUUUUAUUCAGGAGUCCUGGGGAGAAGAAGAGAGAAACAUCACCUGUUUCCCAUUUAGUCCCGGGAUGUAUUUUGAGAUGAUCAUUUAUUGUGAUGUUAAAGAAUUCAAGGUUGCGAUCAAUGGUGUGCACAGCCUGGAGUACAGACACAGAUUUAAAGCGCUCAACAGUAUUGACACGGUGGAAAUUGAUGGUGACCUCCAGUUACUGGAAGUAAGGAGCUGGUAGCGGACUGGACUGCCGCAAAGACUGAAAUACAAAACGGCUUCUGUAACCCUGGCCUUGUUAAAAUGCAUCUCACUAUCAUUGUAUCGUUUAUACAUACUGUUCAAUGAGCUUCCGUAACAUUAGUCCUCCUGGGCGUUCCCAGCCCUUGUCAUGUAGCGUGGCUUGGUGUAGCGGAGGAGGAGGCAAUCUGAGGCAGCAAGAACUUACAGCCAUUAUUAAGGCCUUUCUCCGUCCCCCACCCUGGCCUCUUGUGUUUGAACUCACUACCCAUCCAACAAGUACUUAUGAAGUGCCUACUGUGAUACAGUAGCAAACACGCACCCGAACCUUUCGCCUGCACUGUGCUGCGAGCUGGGGAUGUAAACAGUGGGGCCCAAAACCACGUUCCCUGUUCUCUUGAGCGCGGAAUCUUCUGUGCGCUGCCCCUGUGCCACUGUUUCUUCUGUAUAAACUCACUAGGGACGUAGAAUUACUCAGCUAUUAAAUCAGCUAAACCAUACUAAUUUAUAGAAGACACUACUCCUGCCCCAGUGAUCAAAUUCAUAACGAGUGUCCUAUCAUCCCAUAGCUGAAGGCUUGAUACUCACUUCCAUCUGGCAGUUUUGUUUAGCAUAUCUAGCUCUACUAGCUAAACGCAUUACCAAAUCAUUAACAUGAUGAAAUAUGAAUACAGCACAAAGAUGAAGGCCAAAAACACCCAAGCAAAACUCCCCAAAAAACAAAUGGUGUUGAAAUUAAUGAUGUCAAUCGCAAGACCACUGAUUUCUGUACCAGUAAAUGCUGAUUUUACAAUAUUUGAAUUUAGGGUUCAAAGGUCUGCAUGUGCCUCUACAGAAAUUUUAAGGUAGAAGAGGAAUUCAAUUUGUAAAACGUUUAUGGGUAACAACGCAUAGUCAAGAUUUGAUUUAAUGAUUGUUUAUAAAAUAGGCACUAUCAGAAAGUCAAAUAUACCAACUGAGACCAAAGCAGAAAGGAACAUAACACCUGUUGUCCACGUGUGAACCUACAGAUUAUUCCACCAUCAUUAGCCACUGAGAUCAAAACAUUGUUCUACUUUAAGUGAUUAAAAUCAAACCUGUAUCAGCAAGUUAA